GUGAUUUUCCUUGCAACUCAGUCUUGUCGGCAAAAUCAUUCAUCAAGACACUGCAAUGGCAGGCUCACACCUUCUUUCUCAUUCUCAUUCCCUUCCCAAAACCUAUAACCACUCCUUCAACCAAAACCCUUUAUCUCAAAAUCUACUUCUACCCUUCAAAUUCAAGGCCACCCUCAGACCGCGUGCUCUUAGAGCUGUUCUCUCCCAGAAAGCUGCUCAAACCGCGGUAGAGGACUCAAAGAAGGCUCCUUUUCAGCACUGUUUCACCAAAUCCGAAGAUGGGUAUCUGUACUGUGAGGGCCUCAAGGUACAUGACAUCAUGGAAUCUGUUGAGAGAAGGCCUUUCUAUCUUUACAGCAAGCCCCAGAUAACUAGGAAUGUUGAAGCCUAUAGGAAUGCAUUGGAAGGGUUGAACUCUAUAAUUGGGUAUGCCAUUAAGGCCAACAAUAACUUGAAGAUUCUGGAACAUUUGAGGCACUUGGGCUGUGGAGCUGUGCUUGUUAGUGGGAAUGAGCUUAGAUUGGCUCUUCGUGCUGGCUUUGAUCCCACAAGGUGUAUCUUUAAUGGGAAUGGUAAAAUCUUGGAGGACUUGGUCUUGGCUGCCCAGGCAGGUGUCUUUGUCAACAUUGAUAGUGAGUUUGACUUGGAGAACAUUGUAGAGGCUGCAAAAAGGGCCGGAAAGAAGGUCAAUGUUUUACUUCGGAUUAAUCCGGAUGUAGAUCCACAGGUCCAUCCUUAUGUUGCUACUGGGAAUAAGAACUCUAAAUUUGGCAUUAGAAAUGAGAAGCUGCAAUGGUUCUUAGAUGUAGUGAAGGAGCAUUCUAAUGAGCUCAAACUAGUAGGGGCCCACUGCCAUCUCGGUUCAACAAUCACCAAGGUAGACAUUUUCAGGGAUGCUGCCACCAUUAUGAUCAACUACAUUGAUCAAAUCCGAGCUCAGGGUUUUGAAGUUGAUUAUUUAAAUAUUGGAGGAGGACUUGGGAUAGAUUAUUAUCAUUCUGGUGCCAUCCUUCCUUCACCUAGAGAUCUCAUUGACACUGUACGAGAUCUUGUUAUUUCCCGAGGUCUUAAUCUCAUCAUUGAACCAGGGAGAUCACUCAUUGCUAACACAUGUUGCUUAGUUAACCGGGUGACAGGGGUUAAAACUAAUGGAUCUAAAAACUUCAUUGUAAUUGAUGGAAGUAUGGCAGAACUUAUCCGCCCUAGUCUCUAUGAUGCUUACCAGCAUAUAGAGUUGGUUUCCCCUGCCCCAUCAAAUGCUGAGAAAGCAACCUUUGACGUGGUUGGCCCAGUCUGCGAGUCUGCAGAUUUCUUAGGAAAAGAAAGAGAACUUCCUACUCCAGCCAAGGGUACUGGUUUGGUCGUUCAUGAUGCUGGCGCUUAUUGCAUGAGCAUGGCAUCAACAUACAAUCUAAAGAUGCGGCCUCCUGAGUAUUGGGUUGAAGAUGAUGGAUCAGUGAGCAAAAUAAGACAUGGUGAGACUUUUGAAGACCACAUUCGGUUUUUUGAGGGCCUUUGAGCUGGUAAUUCAUCCUGUAGGAAAGGAAGCUGGAAAAUUGUUGUGUAUUUUGGAUUUUGGAUCUUUCCAAGUCUCUGAAUGCAUCACUCUUUUUUUGUUUUUCUUCUAUGCUACUUGAAUAAAGUGUGAUUUCGGUUA